UCGUCGCCAUGGCGGAGGAACGGUUCAACCGUGCAACUUUCGGGUCUCGGAAGUUUCUCUUCGCAACUGCAACUCUCCGGUCGAAGAGCAGCUACAGAACAAACAAUGACGAACAAGGAAGAGAGACAGAAUCCCCCGGUUGAGAACGCGGCGGAGGACGAUGAUGAGCCAGACGAGUGGGAGAAGCGGAUCAACAGAACCGGCUGUGCGGACGAGCAGAUGACCUUGAACGAUUGCGUCUAUCAGAAGAAGGACUGGCGCAGUUGCCAGAAGGAGAUGGAAGCCUUCCGCGAAUGCUGGAAACAGCAGGGCAACGACCAGCGCACGCAGACGCAGGAUGCUUAGGAACCAGGGGUGGCCUGGCCGACGAUGAUUCCAGCAGUGUACUCUAAAGACUUCCAGUUAAAGUGAUCUAUAACCAAAUCGCAACUCCCCCGGCUUCCUCACAAAUCCAGUGUAUUCCCACUCCACACCGCAGUAUCGUCACGUGACUGUAUCCCGACAUUGCCUUUCCGCAGCUCAGCUUCUCUACCUCCGCACUCACUCAUCUCUCUACUCCAAAUCUCAAUUCCCC